UGAGUUCUGAGAAUACGGAUGGGACGAACCCCGCGUCACUGUGUAACAGUGCUGAAGGAAUGCUGUAUGUUGCUUGAAUGUUUUUCUGGGUUGGAGUCACUGUGUUGCGCGGCAAAAGCGAGGGACAAAACAAAAGCAUGUGAACAUAAUUUUCAGCUCAGGUGCGGGUCUAGUAUGCGGUUUGGUGAGGAGCUGCUAAUGAGAGUCUAGACACUGAGGAGCCAGUAGGUAAUUAUAGUGCAACAGGUCCCUUCCUGAAACUCAGCAUCCCGACAUGGGCCUGCGGUCAGCUCAGAAGAAACACUUCCCCUUGCGGGGCAUUGAUGGCGUGGUGCAGCUCUUUGAGUAUGAGUUGGGAAACCCCGAGCCAGAUCUGGCACUGCUAUCUCUGGUGCUGGGCUUCGUCGAGCACUUCUUGGCAGUCAACCGUGUGGUACCUGUCAACGUCCCCGGAGUGCGCUUUGAACCCCUUAAAGGCGACUGCCUCAACUCCUGCUUCCCUACAGUAGACCUGGGCUUAAUAUCAGCACUGCACGAACGUUUCACGGCCCAGAUCCGUGGUGCGGUGGAUCUGUCACUGUACCGCAGGCCAGCCUCGGGUUCGAGCAGAGAGCUCGUCAAGAAGGUCUCGGAUGUGAUCUGGAACAGUCUGAGCCGAUCGUACUUCAAGGACAGAGCCCACAUUCAGUCUCUCUUCAGUCUCAUAACGGGCACAAAGUUGGACAGCUCGGGCGUGGCAUUCGCAGUGGUGGCUGCGUGUCAGGUUCUUGGACUGAAGGAUGUUCACCUGGCCUUGUCUGAGGACCACGCCUGGGUAAUCUUUGGCAAAGGGGGUGAAGAAACCGCUGAGGUCACAUGGCAUGGCAAGGGCAACGAGGACAGGAGAGGCCAGACAGUCAGUGCUGGAGUCAACGAGAGGAGCUGGUUGUAUUUGAAAGGAUCCUACAUGAAGUGCAACCGCAACAUGGAGGUAGCAUUCAUGGUUUGCGCCAUCAACCCGUCUUUAGAUCUACACACAGACAGCUCUGAGCUGCUACAACUUCAGCAGAGGCUGCUCUGGUUGCUGUAUGAGCGAGGAGACUUGGACAGGUAUCCAAUGGCAAUGGGUACUCUUGCUGACCUUGAAGAUCAAGAACCUUUGGGCAAAGGAGACCCUCUUUCAAUCCAUCUCAAGGCUGUGGAGUCCGCCAAGAAGUACUACAACAAUGAGCAUAUCUACCCGUUUAUGUACUUGGCCGGAUACCACUACAGACACAGGAAUGUGCAGGACGCUCUGGGGGCCUGGGCCGAGGCUGCUACAGUCAUACAAGAUUACAACUACUGCCGUGAGGAUGAGGAGAUCUAUAAGGAGUUCUUCGAUAUAGCGAAUGAUGUCAUCCCCACCCUUCUCAAGGAGACGGCUGCUGAGAGUGGAGGAGAGGGCACUGAGGGAGCAGAAAAGGACCAACCAAGGCAGGCUGCAGCCCUCUCUGCCUUACAGGACCCAGAAUGCUUUGCGCACUUGUUGCGUUUCUAUGAUGGAAUCUGUAAGUGGGAAGAGGGAAGUCCCACACCAGUGCUUCAUGUAGGCUGGGCCACCUUCCUGGUUCAGUCUCUCAGCCGCUUCGAUGCUCAGAUAAGACAGAAAGUAACAAUCAUUACCAAAGAGGCAGAGCCACAAGACGAUGAUGAUCAAGCCAGCGACGACCCCCGUGAGGGCAGAAGGAGAGGCCCACGACGCGAGUCCAAAGUUGAGGAAUCUGCAGGAUCCUCUCCACCAGCUACCAGUGCAGCUCCGCCCUCCCAGCCUGGCCAGCCCAAAAAAGUAGGUGGAGAAGGAGGCCGCCGUCGUUCUUCAGCUGGAGGACGAGGGAAAGAGACAGACGGGAAGAACGAAACGUCUUCCCCAAACAGUCCUGUUCCUUCCCCUACCCAAGCAGCGGUAGUGUCCAGCGGCCCCAUGGUGACAUUCCACAGUGAGAAGAUGAAGGGCAUGAAGGAGCUGCUCUCGGCAGCCAAGAUCAACUCAAGUGCCAUUAAGCUGCAACUCACCGCCCAGUCACAAGUUCAGAUGAAGCGGCAGAAGCCCACCCCCUCCGGUGACUACAGCCUAUCCUUCAUGAAACGCCCUCGCAAGACUCUCUAGAAUGUUCCUUAAAAGAUCAUUUUCUUUUCCAGCUUACUGUCACCUUGAGUAAACAUUACUUUGCCUGCACUACUGUAGGAUGCAGUAUUUUCAAAGUUGAUGGUGAAAACUGUCAGCUCACUGAAUGGUCUGUCAUGUACCAGAACUGACUGUUAAUAUGAUCCAAUAGCAGGAUUCCCCAGUUCCAUCCCUCAAGAGCCACAGCACUGUAUAAUUUACAUUUUUCCACGCUCUUACUAGGGCAGCACAAUAUGAAAAGACUAUUGCUACACAGUGGGAUUGUGAGAUGCCUUGCAAAAUAUUAAAACAAGGAGGUGAACCCGU